ACCUGCAUUCCAUUUUGUUUACAUUCCAUUCCGUACCAUCGCUGCAGAUUAGUAUGCGUACCUGAUUGGGUUAUUUUUUUUCCAAUUACUCAAUAUUGUUUCGUUACUGUUUUGCGAUCGUUCGUUACUAUGUUUGUCGUGCCCAACGAACGUCUGUAUGUGUAAUAACGCCGCACCAAAACCAUCGUGUUCCUAGCCAGUUGCAGCCACCAUUUGAUGAUUCGUGAAUUAUGUUCUCGAAAAAAAAGAAAAAGCCUCAAAUAUCUUCACCAACAAACUUUGAACAUAGAGUUCACACUGGUUUUGAUAAACGAGAAGGUAAGUUUAUAGGUUUGCCUCUACAAUGGGCAAGUAUAGUUGGUAACAAUCAAAUAUUAAAAAGCACCAAUAGACCAUUACCUCUUGUGGAUCCAUCAGAAAUUACUCCUACAGAAAUAUUGGACUUAAAGACUAUUGUGCGCGGAGAAAACAAUCCUAAGUUCAAUAAUAAUCCUAUUAAUAAUCGAAACAAUGAACCAGCUGGACUUCCCAAAACUUCUAAUGUUGCACGUUCAAACUCUUUACGUUCUUCAAGUCCACCCCGUAUUCGAAGACAACAUCCGAAUGUGCCACCUCCGUUGCCUGAAAAUGAAGUAUUAGUGAUGAAUCAGAGUUUGGUCCCACAAAAUUUACCUCAAUAUCCAAUUCCUAAUAAUACUCAAACAAAACUUGAUUACAGUAAUAAAUAUAUAAAACCUGGAGUUCCAGAAUGGUCUGUUCAAGAAACACCAAUAUCACGAAUGAAUCAGAAUAAUACUCCUACUAGCCAAACAAUAACACCAGAUCCAAGUGGAUCACACUCAUAUCAUUCAAUGCAAAAUGGAAGUAUUCCACCAGUAUUUUCUAAUGGAUCAGCAGUUGACUCACCGUCUGGAAGUCAAACAUCACAAGCUAAUACUCCUGUACCACCAAAUCGUACUCAUCCUGUUAUUAAUAAUGCUCAGAUUGUUAGUACAAACAAGGGCAUCACACAAAGUCUUACUAGAAACCAAGAUCAGAACCAAAAUAUUAAACCAACAACAAAUGGUAUAUCAACAACCAGUACUACAUCAAUUCCUAGUGUUGCAACAAAACAACAUCAUGAACAACAACGAAUAACUCAUGAACAAUUUAGAGCUGCUCUUCAGCUUGUUGUUAGUCCAGGAGACCCUCGUGAAAAUUUGGAUAGUUUCAAAAAAAUUGGAGAAGGUUCAACAGGUACAGUUUGUAUAGCUACAGAUCGUAUGACUGGCCGUAAGGUAGCAGUUAAAAAAAUGGAUUUAAGAAAGCAACAACGUAGAGAAUUAUUAUUUAACGAAGUUGUCAUAAUGCGUGAUUAUCAUCAUGCAAAUAUUGUUGAUAUGUAUGAUAGUUUUUUGGUUGGUGAUGAGUUGUGGGUUGUUAUGGAAUACUUGGAAGGUGGGGCUCUUACUGAUAUGGUAACACACACAAGAAUGGACGAAGAACAGAUUGCUACUGUUUGCAAGCAGUGUUUGAAAGCUUUGGCGUAUUUACAUUCACAGGGAGUAAUACAUAGAGAUAUCAAGAGUGAUUCCAUUCUUUUAACUACUGAUGGAAGGGUGAAAAUUUCGGACUUUGGUUUUUGUGCUCAAGUAUCUCAAGAGUUACCUAAAAGAAAAUCACUAGUCGGAACGCCCUAUUGGAUGUCUCCUGAAGUGAUUUCCCGUUUACCAUAUGGACCAGAAGUUGAUAUUUGGUCUUUAGGCAUUAUGGUGAUUGAAAUGGUUGAUGGUGAGCCACCUUUCUUUAAUGAACCACCUCUUCAAGCUAUGAGAAGAAUACGAGAUAUGCCUCCACCUAAACUUAAAAAUUCCAAUAAAAUAUCGCCUAGAUUACAAGGUUUUUUAGAAAGAUUAUUAGUCAGAGAUCCAGCACAAAGAGCAACUGCAGCUGAACUUCUACAACAUCCAUUUUUAAGAUUAGCUGGCCCUCCUUCUCUUCUAGUGCCAUUAAUUAGAGGAUCCAGGCAUAGCAACUGUUAAAAGGUAAACGACUUAUUGUUCAUUUGUGCAAUUUUUUGUUAUUUGUUAUUACAUUUUUUUUUUUACUUAUAUGACAAUUUUUUUUCACCUAGAUUGUGUAUUAUAAAAGUUACUUUUUUUAUGUAACUUACAUGUUUAACCGAUAAUACUAGAUAAUUGUAUAUUUUUUCAUAAUGUUAUAAUUUGUUAACGUACAUAUAAUAAUGUUUUGACAUAAAAAGUGUAUUCACUUUUUUUGUCACUAGCUCAAUAUGACAUACUUAAAUGUUGAAAAAUUAGUGCCUUAAAUCUUAUAUGUAUGCUUAUAACGAAUCAUAAAUUUAUUCUCCAUUAUUAAAAUAUGAGUAGAUAACCAAAGAUGGAGAGUUUUAAAGAUUGUUUAAAUUUUGGAAAGUGUAUUUUGUAGAGUUGUAACCUGGUGCCUUUUAUACUUUAUUAUUUUAUUUUUACAUUGUAUAAAAAUCAUAUUAAAAAAGAAGUGAAAAUAAUUUGUAAAUGUUUUCAAUGGUAAUUCAAUUUGUUUGGAUAAUUUAAUAUUUAAUUUCACGGUUAUUGACAGUAGUAUCAUAAAAGCACUACAUCUCUGUUAUGCACUUAUAUUGUUUAAAUAAUAAUUAGAUAAUCAUCUAUUAUGUAUACCUUUCCCAAUAUAGUAUUAUAAGUUUACAGUAAGGCUGUUAAAUAAUUAAGAUGAAAAAUGUAUCCAACUUAAGUUAACAUGCACAUUGUACAAUGAAAAACUUAAACAUUCCAAUAAUUGUUUUAUAACUUGUUAAUUGUUUUUACACAUAUUGUUAAUUAUUGACGACAGCAUUUAAAACGAAAAU